AUGUCAGUCCUCGCUGUAGCAAAAUCUACAUACAAGGCCAUCAAGAACAUCAUGUCACCCCGAGGAAGCAGCUCCUCAGAAAAACCUGGAGACAAAAAGAAGAAGAAACUUGAUAAAAAGGAAGAGAAACAGCGUAUGAAGGAGAAAAAGGACAAGGACAGGAAGGAUAUGCAGGAGCUCAUGAAGAUUGUUAGAGAGGCAUCCCACGACGGGCACAUCAAGAUUACAGACUCCACCUCGAAAUUCGACAGCUUGAAAAGAAUGUGGCAGCGAGGAUAA